AGAGCCCACUCCCGCAGUGACCUCUUGACAUGAGGGGUAGAUCUCGUAGUGCCGUCGCACCUUCGUCUAACGAGGAUAAAAGGGUUACGGCAAACAAGGCCUUGCGAACGCCGGAAUCAUAACACCCUCUGCUCUAUAAUGUCGAGAACCAAACUCCACAAGAACAGAUGGCAAGGAACAGAAGUUUUCGAAAUGUUUCUCAUUUACUGCAUAUCCCUUGUUACGUACAUCCAUGUACCCAUGCCCGAGACUCCCAUAGCCAACCCAUCCACAUACACCUCGGUCAGCAGGUACUUCUCCCGCCGCUGUGUAAUCUGUCCGAAGAUGCCAAAGAAAACCCAAACGCCCGUCCUUGCCGUCGUCAAAGGAGCCAUCCCACAAGCUGUGGCACCUUCUCAAGGCACAUCAGGAGAGGGGAACCAUGGUGCUUCAAAUCUUCGGAGAAGGCCCUGUCAUAAGGAAAGGGAAGCAGAACAUAACCAGACCAGAUUGAAGAAAUUGCUCAAGCAUUGGCCCACUGUAUGUGAGCAAACGGCCCAGAGAAAUCUCGGAGCGCGACCGAAUGGACCGAUAGCGAAUGUUCGAGGACCAAAGCGCGAAAAGUAACGAAGGCAUCAGUGAGAUCCAACACAGAACUUCAUACCAGGCCCAUUAAUGCAGAGUAAAAGGCUCACUCGGCGGGAGAAGCGAGGCCAUCGAUGCAAGAAUUCGUUUUAUCGGGCC